AUGUCCGAGCUCUUUGACAGCUACGCAUCGGAUCUGCAACAGCUCAAGCAGGGCAUCCGCCAAAAGCUCGACCAGGCCAAGUCACAGAAUGGCGAGGCCAAAAAGUCGACGCUGCGCAGAGCAGAGAUGGAGCUCGAAGAGGCCGACGAGGUGAUCUCGCAGAUGGACAUUGAAGUGCAAGGUUUCCCACAAUCCGUGCGCUCCCGCUUCUCGGUCCAGAUCAGAGGCUUCAAGCAAGAGAUCCAGGCUCUCACUAAGGAGGUUCGCUCGGGUCUUUCGUCAUCAUCUUCAGGAGGAGCGCGAGGCGGAUACGACCCCGCCUAUGCCGACGAAGAUGCCGAUCUCGAAGCUGCCGAUUCUGCGACGGCGAAUCGUCAGAGGCUGCUUCAGGGUACAGCCUCGCUCGAAGACGGCACCAGAAGGUUGGAGGAAUCAAAUCGUCUUGCCUUGGAGACUGAAGACCUUGGCGCCGAUAUCCUUCGUGAUCUCAGGAGUCAGCGCGAGCAGAUCGAGAACUCAAGAGAUACCCUUCGACAAGCAGAUCAAAGCAUCGAUCGCUCUUCAAAGACCUUGUCCAAGAUGAUUCGUCGGGCCAAACAGCAAAAACUGGUUACCGUAGGAAUCAUCGUCUGCCUUAUCCUCUUGAUCCUUCUCAUCCUGUACAACAAGUUCCUCUGA